AGACAUGUCAACACUUUGAAGGCACGCCAUUUGCACAAAAAUUUUUUGGAGUUUUAUAUUUUCCGUGUUUUUAGUGACUGUAAAUACAUUUUGUUAACUUUUUAGCCGACCGCACGGCCGUGGAGGUUGUGAUUAAGGGUAAAGUGGUGUAAAUUGGAGCAACAGUAUACGAGAAAGGGGUGAAAAAGACGUGCAAAUCUGUGUAUACAAUCUUGGUGCCGUAGGCAAUGGAAGAUCCCAAUAGGAUGAUGGCCCAUGCUGGUGCAGGGCUAAUGGGGCCUCAGGGGUACGGUGGCAUGCAGGGCGAUGGCAGCCAAACGGGUGGUGAGAAUGAGGUGCGCAAACAGGACAUCGGGGAGAUUCUGCAGCAAAUUAUGAACAUCACGGAUCAAUCUCUGGAUGAGGCUCAAGCCCGGAAGCAUACCCUCAAUUGCCACCGAAUGAAGCCGGCCCUAUUUUCCGUGUUGUGCGAAAUUAAAGAGAAAACUGUUCUCUCCCUUCGCAAUACGCAGGAAGAGGAGCCACCAGAUCCACAAUUGAUGCGUUUGGAUAAUAUGUUGAUUGCCGAAGGGGUGGCUGGACCGGAGAAGGGUGGUGGUGCCGGGGCAGCAGCCAGUGCUGCAGCAGCGAGUCAAGAUCUCUCGCUAGGCAUCAAUUCGGACAAUGCCAUCGAGCACUCAGACUAUCGGGCUAAAUUGGCGCAAAUCCGUCAGAUUUAUCAUCAGGAAUUGGAAAAGUACGAACAAGCGUGCAAUGAAUUCACUACGCACGUUAUGAAUCUCCUUCGUGAGCAGAGUCGCACAAGGCCAAUUACCCCAAAGGAGAUUGAACGCAUGGUCCAGAUCAUUCAUAAGAAGUUCAGUUCCAUUCAGAUGCAACUAAAGCAGUCAACAUGUGAAGCUGUAAUGAUUUUGAGGUCACGAUUCCUCGAUGCACGACGGAAGCGUCGCAAUUUCAGCAAGCAAGCUUCAGAGAUUCUCAAUGAGUACUUCUACAGCCACCUGAGCAAUCCCUAUCCAUCUGAGGAGGCAAAAGAGGAGCUGGCACGAAAGUGUGGCAUUACGGUAUCUCAAGUGUCCAAUUGGUUUGGCAAUAAGCGAAUUCGCUACAAGAAAAACAUUGGCAAAGCCCAAGAGGAAGCCAAUCUCUAUGCAGCCAAGAAGGCAGCAGGAGCUUCACCCUACUCAAUGGGUGGCCCACCAAGUGGCACAGCCACACCAAUGAUGUCACCAGCUCCACCGCAGGAUUCUAUGGGCUAUUCCGGGGGCUAUGAUCACCAGCAGCCCUACGAUGGCAGUAUGGGCUAUGAUCCCAUUAUUCAUCAAGAUGUAAGUCCGUGAGAAAAUUUCUAAUAAGAACAUGAAAUUUUUUUAUUUCAAUUAAAAUAAACAUGAGAGACGAAAAGUUCUUUAUUUUUAGUUUUAUUCGUAAAAACAUUUUGUUUAGUAACAUUAUAGAGUUAAUUUAAAAGUAAAAUAAAGGAAAAACACUUGAGAAAUUCAUGUGUCUCACGCAUAAACUGCUGGAAUAGUUUAUUUGGGAUCUUAUUAUUGAUGGGUUAAAAACAAACAAAUAAAUUGUGAAGAAAUAAAAAUUGAGAAGGUUUAUUUAGCAAUGAUUGAUAUACGUACAAUUUUUUUUAAUUAUCCUUUAGGGGUUGAUUUUUAAUUAGAAAGAUUGUCUAUUGCUAUUAUAUUUGUUUCAUAUAGUUGGAUAUUUUAUUUUGUUCAAUUCUUGCGUUACGUAUACAAAAAGAAAACCUACAUUUUCAUCGACAAAGAUACUUUGUCAAAUGAAAAAUAAUUGGUGGGAAGAUAAAUUUUACAAAAAAAAUGACUAAAAAUAUUAUAAUAAAUUCUACACAUAUGAAAAAAUGUAUACCAUUACUAACAAGUAAAAAAAAAACAUCUUAUUUCACUUUUAAAAUGUAAUUUAAUAAGGAAAGAAAAUAUCUUUUAAAUUAACGGUACAAGUAUUUAAUGAAAAUACAUUUAAAAAAGAAAUUUUUAAAAACUAAAAUUUGACUUAAACGUGAAAUUAGCGUUUCAGUAAAAAUAAUAUUCAUAGAAUUAGGAGUUUUUUUUUAUUUAAUUAAACUACCUGGAUUCCCUUUUUUAUUUUCAAUGUAUUAAUUUAAAUUAUGAAAUUAAUUAAUUAAAACAGAACCAGCCAUAUGCAUAAAAUGUCGUUCAAUAAAAACUUUAAACAAGAAUUAUGGGGCCGAUCCUGACAAAAAUCUUUUAUUUCCUUGCAAUUCGAUGGUUGUAAGAUUUUGACAGUUUAUUUUAUUUCUUUAGUGCUGUUAAGAUUUUAAGACCAAAAAGCUUAAAUAUCUUUUAAACGUUUUUAUAGAAACUUAAAAGAAAGUUUUCUAAAAGAAGAAAUCUUACUGAACGGCAAUAGAACAAUAGAAAAAUACAAACUGUCAAAAUCUUGUGAUAACUUUUAAAUUAAAAGAAAGACAAGAACAUUUUUGUCAGAAUCAGCCCAAUAUUUGGGAAUCCAAAAAUAUCAUGAAAUUUUUUUUUAUUGGCUCACAAAAGAAAAGAAAACUUUGCGUUCUUCCGACAAUAGUAUACUGCUGAAGUAAUAAAUUAAUAGCAAAAUUGAAUAAAGUAUACAAAAUUGUGCAUUAAAUGAAAGGAAAAUCUGUAGAGAAGAAAAAUAUUAUUUAGAAAUACAAGAAGAAGAAAAAAUAAACAACUUACAAGAAAGAUGUGAAAAGUAAUUAGCACAAAAGUUUACUAUUUCAAGUAAAAGAAGGAAGCAAAAAAAUAAAAAAAGAAAAUUGUGUAAGAGAUGAAAAGUAGAAAAGUAAGGAAUAUUUUAUAUUAGAUCAUAAAAAUUACAUAAAAUUAAUUUAAAGAAAAAAAGUAGUAAGAAUAGAAUGUGUAUUAAAUGCUAGUUGUCCGUGAAAAAAAAGAAAUAUUUUGCGAGGUGCAAUAAGAGUUAAAAAUUAAAUAAUUUCUUUUUUUUUGUGUAACGUUUUAAUUAAUUUUUCUGUGAAUCUCAUGCUGAUUCACAUGAUUAUGACACGUACUUACUAAUUGUUUGCUGAUAAAAAAAAAUAUUUAUAAACUAUACUUCUUACUAAAUCUAACAAAAAAAUAUCUAUAGUCAAAUAUACGAUUAAUGAUUACAAAUUAAAUUUAAAAACAAAAAAUACGGACAAUAUUUUGAUGAAAAAAAUGAUGCAUGUUAUAUCCAAAACACAGUAUACGACAAAAAUUCAAAGCGACAUUUCAAAUUGAAGAGAUACCAACACCAUCAAAAUUAAUAGUUUAUUUUGUGUGCUUAAUGGAGGCAUAAUUGGAAAGAAUUUUGCAGUAAAAUUAUUAAAAAAAAAAAAAAAGAAAUUAUCCCACAGACAAGAGGUAUACUAAAAGCACCAAAAUUGGUGUAUUUUUCAAACAUUUUGUACGACAAAAUGUGUUCAAAAAUGUAUACAGAACAAAUAAGAAAGAAAU